AUGCCUCCAACCUUCCAUCCCCUCUUCCACCCUCCUACCACCCUCCUCGCCGCCUUGAUUCCCUCCCUGCAGAUCCUGCGCCCAGGCGUUCUCUCCUUCCUCCGCGACCCCACCGACCCCAACUUCAAUCCAUUUCGCGAUGUGCUGGAGGACCCAAUUCCAAUUCCCAACCACCAUCUUAUCCCUUCCCCCCACCAUUUCCUCUCCCCUGUCGCUCCCCCUCCUUCCCCGCCUGCUCCAGAUCCUGCGAUCCUGCGGCCAGGAGUAUUGUCAUUCCUCCGCGAUCCCACGGACCCCAACUUCAACCCCUUCAGAGACCUCGUGGAGGACCCCAUUCCCAAGCACGCUCGCCGCAUCGUGCUCUCCCUCUUUGCCUAUGGCGCGCUGGUGGUGCUGCUGUUGUUCUUGCCUGUGCGAGCCGCCAUCGCAAUCGCCCCCAGCAUGUUCCCCUUCAACUACAGAUUCCCCGCCUACUCCCUCUCCCUCCCUUUCUCUAUCCCAUCUCUCCCACGUCGCAUCGUGCUCUCCCUCUUCGCCUACGGGGCACUCGUGGUGCUGCUUCUCUCCCUGCCCGUGCAAGCAGCCAUCGCAAUCGCUCCCAACAUGUUCCCCUUUUACUACAGAUCCCACGAGACAUGUUGCUCUUCCACGAGACAUGUUGCUCUUCCACGAGACAUGUUGCUCUUCCACGAGACAUGUUGCUCUUCCACGUGUGCAUUCCUUUCGCCAUCGACCGACCGCCUGCGCCUCUCAGCCUUCCCAUUCACGCCUGCAUAUCUCACCCCACUCCCCACCACUCCCCACCACUCCUCACCACUCCCUUGCAGGUUCUCCGAUCCGCUAAUGGAGAUCCCACUAGACAUGCUGCUGCUGGUGGUGCUGGUUUUUCUCAUCCUGCCGAUCCACACGCCCCUGCUCUCUCUCCCUUUUCUCCCUUCUCGCCCAUCCCACCCCCUCAGGUUCUCGGACCCACUGAUGGAAAUUCCUUUAGACAUGCUGCUCUUCCACGUGUGCAUCCCCUUGGCCAUCGACCGCCUGCGCCCGCGAGCCACCAUCAAGGCCGCGCUCUCCGUCUGGUUCCGCGCUGCUGCCCGCCUCCUCAUGCUACAGCAGUUCCUGCUGCCGCCCCCUCCCGCCCCCGCUGCUGCUGCUGGUGUUGCUGCUGCCGGUGCUGGUGCUGCUGUUGCUGCUCCUCCCCCUCCUCCUCCUGCUGGUGCCGCUGGUGUUGCUGCUGCUGCUCCUCCCCCCCCUCCUCCCAUAGCCUUUCGCCCCCCUCCCCCUCCUGUUGCUUUCCACCCUGUGACGCCUCCUCCUCCUCCUCCUCCCAGUGCUGCCCGCCCUGCAGCUGCUGCUGCUGUUCCUCCCCCCCCUCCUCUUGCCUUCCAAAACCCUCAAAAGUCGGUUUUACAUGCCAGUGCUCCUGUUGAUACUCCAGUGGACAGCCGGUUUGUUGAGAGAAUAAUGGCUGCGGAAAAGGCAGCAUCGGCAGCAUUGGCGAGAGCUGCAGCAGCACCGUCACCAGGCACAGUUGCCGUUAGAGCAGUUGGAGCAGUCAGUGCAGCUGAGGCGGCUGGAGUAGCAACUGAUGGUGUUUUUCUGAAAGGAGGAGCAGGAGCUGUGGGAGCAGUGGGAGCGGUGGGGGCAGGAGGAGGAGCAGCGAAAAGAAAUGGGGCUGGUUUGUAUAGAAGAGUUGGAGAGGUGGAGGAAGAGGGAGGGAGGGAGGAAGAGGAGGAGGAGGAGGAGGAAGAGGAGGAGGAGGAGGUAUUGGAGAGCAGGGAGGUGGAGAGAUUAAGAGGGAAGGGGAAGGCAGUGGAGGAGGAGGGGAGGGAGGAGACAGGAAGAGAAGAGGGGGAGAGAGAACGUGAGAGCGCGGGCAGCGGCAGUGGGGGGAGUGUGGGCAAGAAGGAGGAGGAGCAUUUCCGGGUGCGGAUAGUGGCGCUGCUGGUGGCGGCGUGGGCGUCUCUAGCAGCGUUCAACACGGCGGUGGUGUUGCUGCCCACCGCUGUGGGGCGAGGGGUCUUUCGCCUCUCUGCCUCGCUGCUCCCCAGUGCUGCUGCUGAUGACACUCCUUGCAACGGUAAGGCACCGCUGCACUGCGCUGCUGACGACCCUCCUUGCAAUGAUCUCUAUUCCUUUGGCAUCGGAGCCUACCUCAUCUGGGGAUCCAUAGCCGCCAUGCAAGCAGCUGUCUUGCGGUUACCGCGUAACAACAUGCGGGCGCUGCUGCUGCCUCUCGUGCACUGGGCUGCUGUGGCCCUUAAAGCGGUGGUGCUGCUGCUGCUGUGGGUGAGUGCUGUCCUGUGA